GCCGCCUGGUGACGUCAGCAGUAUAAAGGCGCGCAGCGCCUUUGUUCGCUCCCAUUGCGCAGUUGCGGUUCGGUAGGAGCGGAGGUCAUUUGCAGAAUCAAAAUGGUUGAAGCAGAUCGUCCUGGGAAACUGUUCAUUGGGGGCCUGAACACAGAGACUAAUGAAAAAGCCCUUGAGGCUGUGUUCGGCAAAUAUGGACGCAUUGUGGAAGUCCUUUUGAUGAAAGAUCGAGAAACCAACAAGUCCAGAGGAUUUGCGUUUGUCACAUUUGAGAGUCCAGCAGAUGCAAAAGAUGCUGCCAGAGAUAUGAACGGAAAGUCAUUAGAUGGGAAAGCAAUUAAAGUGGAACAAGCAACCAAGCCAUCCUUUGAAAGUGGUGGCAGGCGUGGGCCGCCACCCCCUCCACGAAGCAGAGGUCCUCCCAGGGGCCUUAGAGGUGGAAGAGGCGGAAGUGGCGCGAGAGGACCACCUUCAAGAGGGAGUCACUUGGGGUCUUCUCGAGGGCCACUUCCCAUGAAGAGAGGGCCACCUCCACGAAGUGGAGGCCCUCCGCCUAAAAGAUCUGCACCUUCAGGACCAGUACGUAGCAGUAGUAUGGGAGGAAGAGCUCCUGUGUCACGUGGAAGAGACAGUUACGGUGGUCCUCCACGCAGAGAACCGAUGCCAUCACGAAGAGAUGUCUACAUGUCUCCAAGAGAUGAUGGCUAUAGCACUAAAGAUGGUUACUCGAGCAGAGAUUAUCCUAGUUCCAGGGACACACGGGACUACGCACCACCUCCACGGGACUACGCGUAUCGUGAUUAUGGUCAUUCCAGUUCACGUGACGAAUACCCCUCCAGGGGAUAUAGUCUUUCCUCCUAUAGCGAUCGUGAUGGAUACGGUGGUGGACGUGACAGAGACUACUCAGAUCAUCCAAGUGGAGGCUCCUACAGAGAUUCAUAUGAGAGUUAUGGUAACUCACGUAGUGCUCCACCUGCACGAGGGCCCCCGCCAUCUUAUGGUGGAAGCAGUCGAUAUGAUGAUUACGGCAGCACACGAGAUGGAUAUGGAAGCCGAGAAAGUUACUCAAGCAGCAGAAGUGAUGUCUACUCAAGUGGUCGUGAUCGUGUUGGAAGACAAGACAGGGGUCUUCCCCCAUCCAUGGAAAGGGGCUAUCCACCUCCUCGUGAUUCUUACAGUAGUUCAAGCCGCGGAGCCCCCAGAGGUGGUGGCCGUGGUGGAAGCAGAUCCGAUAGAGGUGGAGGCAGAAGCAGAUACUAAAAACACUCUUAAACUUUUGGACCAAGACAGAUUACUUCUCAAAAAAAAAAAAAAAAAAAAUGGAAGUUGUUCUAUCUUUACUACCAGAGGACUACUAAAAGGAAAAGUUGUUUUUACCUUUUUUUAUUGUUGCCUGUUAAGUUUCCCCUCCAUGACUUUUAUGCUUUUGUGAGGAAAAGUUAAACCAAUGUUUAAUUUCAUUUCAAAAUUGUUAACAUUUCUUUCAAAAAGCAGAUGUUAAAUGUAUAAAACUUGAGCUGUGUACUAGUGUUGUAAUUUUCAAAGUAAAGUUUCCCUGAAAUGCCACACUUCCAUCUGAUUUUCCUCAUGAAUGGAACAAGCAGUUCUUAAGAUCUUCCACACAACAUCCAACCAUCUAACAUGGAGAUGGAUUGUUCUACAUGUUCAGCAUCUCAUUCUUAAACAAAGUAUUGCUUGUGAUUUGGAGGGUGGUGGGGAUAUUCCACACAAAAUGCAGUUGUGCCUAGAAUUUGAAGUCACAAUGUUCACAGUACAAAAUGCCUUCAGAUCCUUGUGUAAAGAAAAAUAGAGGAUAUCAUUCACUUAACCCAAAAAAGCAAGUGGAUAAUACUAUUUUCUGCCUUCCUACUGUUUCAUGGGGAGUUUGAAAAGAUCUCCCCUCCAAAUAAAUCAUGUACGUGUAAGUCAGCUACAGAAUACUGUAAAAAUAAAAAAAAAUUGACCGGUUCCAUCAAAGAAGCUGCAAAACGAUGCUUACUCAUACUGUUUCAAAUUUUUGCAACUCUGUAGUGUUUCACUUUUAAAGGAACAUCUUUGAUUCCAAAGGAGAAAAUAAGAUAAGCAAAGAAGUCUUUCUCUCCAACUUCUCAAAGGCUUAUGGCUUCAUAAAAACAAGUGAAUCUUUCAGCAUUCCACAGCUGAUUUAAAGCAUCAAAUGCCUGUGAAACAGCAAAGAUGGUAAGCAAAGCAAACUAGUUUUUCAGUCUAAGUCAAAAUUGAACCAAAUUAUCUUCCUCUAGUACAGUAAGACAAGCUGCACGUCAUGGCAAUGGAAGUGCUGUCUAGAUUAAAAAAAAAAAAAAAAAAAAGAAAAACUCCAAUACGUUAGAAGUUCUCCAAAUUCAACACUAAUUCAACAUUUCUUCUUGGAUAAAAGCAUUUAUGGCACCAAUUUUGAAACUAAAGACAUAAUGCAGCUCACUGUAGACAGAAUAUUGCCAAGUAGGGUUGGGAGGGGGUAUUUUGUGCCCAGUAUCUUUCAGUGAAGAUGCUUAAAGAGGCUGCAUGUACCAUAUUUUAACAAAAUUAAAGCCUUACGAAAUAAGGAAUUGGUUUAGAUUUGACAAAUAUCAGCUCGGCUAUUGAGAGUUUGAAGCAAGCCAUUGCAAACUUGACGUUUAGUUGGAUGCCUGACUCUGUUUAGUUUGACACUGCGUUACAGGGAUAUCUAGUACAUGUGGCAGAACCUGUGGCAAGUUGUUAUGACUCAGGUAAAGCCAUGAAGUUCAAAAGAUGCUCUUGAAUAUAGUAGACAUGAAGACCUCCAACUAAAAAAAAAACCACAAACCCAAAAGCUUUGUACUACUGUUUAGUCCUCAGUAAAUUUUGUCGUUCAACUUAUGGAUUUAACAUGGCAGUGCACCAUUGGAAAGGAAUGAGAAUCCAUAAGCCAUGCUACCUGUCACUAAGCCAUUUCAGUCCAUUCCAAGGCAGUGAAUCCUCCACCACUUAAGAAAGAAGUAGUAAAACUUGCAACAGAAUGAUCUGCAAACCCAAGCCUGUGACUUUUUUGAAAUGGGGGGAAGCACUAUAGGUUGAUUCAUGCUGUAAAAUGUACUUUUCUCAAUUUGUUGUAUCUUCUCUUGAUUGCAGGAUGAUAACUUCUAGAAGAUAGCUACAGAAGUAAUGCUGGUUCAUCUAUAUUGAUGGCAGAGAUAGGUGGUGCCUGUACCAAUACAUAAGUUACGAUGACUAGAAGAAGGCAGUACAGCAGUGGAUAUGCGUUGGAAAAUCGAAGGAUAACAAAAGACAACUGAUUGAGCUUGACUUUUGAGCGUGGUGUUACCCACUAUUUGUUUUAGAGGGUUGUGUUAUUCAGGAGUUGCCUUUGAAAGUAGCACUACUAAUCUGUUGACUAUAAAAAAAAUGUUCAGGUGGAAGUCAAUUGCUGUCUGCCACAGCUAACAUCUUCCAAGGGUCAAGAGUGAGCCUUUUUUUAGUCAGUAUACAUGCAUCAGUAGAUUCUGCAGCAGGAAAAUAUUCUGGGGUUGCCCUUUAUGUAAGGUGCUUUCUGUUUAUGCUGAGAAAAAGAGCAAGUUGUAUGAAAGUGAGGUUUAGUCCUCCAAAAUACAGAGGACUAAAUUGUUACAAAUAAUUCUUCACCAAGAAACCAUUAAAAGUUUUACUAUAUUCUUACAUUAACAGUCUUAUAAUUGUCCAGGCCUUCUGGAUGAGAGGAAGGAAGUGUUGAUGUACUGAGACAGUAUUAGUAAUAAAUCCCCAGGAUAAUUAGUGUUCUUGUACGUACUAGUUUCUUGGGAAAUCCCAGACAGCACUGCAUCUCUUGCAACAAGAUGCUUUUUUUGAAACUUUGCCUUGGUUUCAAUGCGUUUUUAUCUUACAUAUAUGUUGAUGUGCCAUUGUACAUGCGAGGAAUCCUCAGGCACCAGUAUUUCAUGUAGAAAAUUCACCUCGGAUUGAAGUACAGAAACAGUCAUGGCUAAUAAAGUUUUUACUGGCUUCUUCUCUGGUAGACAUAAACUGAUCUCAUUUAAAUAACACUCAGCUUGUAACAAGUAGCUAAAGAAGAAAAAGCAUGCAUCUCUUGUCUAGGGAUUGAAAACUAUGAGUUUUGGGAUAAGAAUAUCACUUCAAACUUCAGUCAUGGAUUGCAGAUUCUAGGUGUAAGUCUGCCUGUAUGUAGUAGAUGGGUAGAAUUGCAGUAUUUCCCAGGACUAAUAAAUUUACUGUUAAAACCA